GCCCUCAGGGUUGUAAAGAUAACCUUUCAAAAGUGGAUAGAAUAAUGCAGGUUGUGUUUUUGAGUCUACAAACACCUUUAUUUUCUUUGCUGCUGUUUGUAGGCUUCCUAAACAGAAGAAGAAUGAAAAAGCCAGACCAGUGGUAUAAUUGCAACAGUUGUGAGCCAUGUCAGUCAGUUGUGUGUUGUCGCUGCUGGGAAAGCUGCACUUAGAAGGCAAGUCUCUUAGCUUUUCUGACAGCCUUUCCACAGUUUUUGUGUUCUGCCUGCUAGAAGACAAGAGGAUAAUUCUUUUUCUUUCUAAUUUUUAAGCUUUAUGACACUGUAUUUGGCACAGACACAACGUGAUUGCCCAAGCAGCAGUUUGGAUUUGCAUGUUUGAAUUAAUUGAAUGUUUGAACAUCACAUUCAUGCAAAAUUAAGUUCUGAGUCUCUUUUUAUGAACAGGACUAAAUGUGAAAAUAAUUGCAUGUUUCUAUGUCAUAGGGCUUACAUUUCCUAUGAAGAAAUCAUCCAAUUCAGAGAUACUUUCCAGCCCAUAAAUCCCCUUCCCCCAAACGGACACAGAAAAGCCCACCACAGUUAACAUGCUUCAUAGUUAAAACUAGUUUCCAUAGUCUUGAAUAAACUGUUCACUCUGAGUGUUCUUUGAUGUUUUGCUCAAAUGCCUCUCAUUUUGUAGUGUGAGGUCACAAUGAACAUCUCACUCACAAUGUAUCCUUAGUACCAAGUAUAACUUCCUUGUUCAUAAGCGGUCUUCUUCACAGCCUUCCUGUUGUCUGACCUGAUUUCUGUCCUGUACCAAAGCGGUUGAACGCUUGCAUGAAAGUAGCACAAGCUUAUGUAUUGAUUAAAGCCACUGUAAUAGGAAAUCCACAGGUUGAUUUGCCUACAGGUCUAAGUGGAUGGUGAUUAAAGCACUUCUGUUGGUUUAGACUGAUAUAUCAAAGGCUGUUGAUAUACUGAAUUACACUGUUUACAUUGAAGAUAUGUCUAGAAUUUUUUACCAUUCUUUGGUAUUCUAAUAGUUUAAAAAAAAACUGAAAAAUCAGUUGUAUAAUAGGCUGUAUAAGGUACUUAUUGUUGUAAUGGCACAUACACACACCAAUGCUGUGACUUAAAAAUAUUUCUAGUUGUCACCCUUACUAAAACAUCUCAGAUGAUACUAAUAUGUACGUAGAUGUAUAUAAUGUAGCAGUGGUGAACAGCAUGUUAAGAUGUAGGGUAUGAAGGGUAUGGACUGAUGUACUGUUCACUUCGCUCAAGUAGGAAUGACUAAUUAAGAAUUAAUGGCACAGCUGAGGAAAGUCUGUCAGGUUGCAUUCCAAGUUUCUUAAUGUAAGAGAAUGAAAAGGGACAUCUAGUAGUAACAUAGGUACUGGCACAAAUGGUUACUGAGGAGUUAAAUAUAAAGACUGUAACUUCUUUGAUUUCAAGCACUAGUUCUGGGGAUGAUCUAAAUUAGCUUUACUGCAGUGUCCUCAAGAAACUGAAGAUCUAGUUUCAAGGUAAAAAGAGUGACCUACAGUUGAUGUUUGAAUUUUUAUUUUUUUAAAGCUUGUGGAAGGACUGGAGUUUUGACAACUGUGUGUAUAUAUAAUUUUUCAUUGUUCCCUCAGAAAAGCUGCUACUCUUCAGAACAGUAUGUCUUCUAGCCAUAUUUUUAAGUGGAAGAUAUAUUGCUCUGUCUCGCAGGGGUUGCAGUUCGAACGCUUCACUUCUGUCGUCUUCAGAUGGAGUCUUCUGAUAGAUGUGUGAACUCUUGCAGCUCAUCUUCUGUCUUUAGUUAGGGGUUCUGGAAUCAGCUUUGAGGAUUGCUGCUGUGGCUAGGCUCUCUGCUAGAUACAGAGGCAUCCACUGUGUACAUGCAAAUUGCCCAUAUGCAGCUUGUCCAACAUAAUCCCCAUACCUUAGGCCCACCACAUGCAUGAUUUAUGAUCCUGUGUCUGUGUCUUAAGUUGUUCUUAUAAGUGAUGAGGGCUGGCAUGUCUACCCACAGCUUUUCUCUCCUGUGACCUAGUACAGUUAUAUACGUGUGGUAGUACAGUAUGCUUUGCUGUGGAUGCAGUCCAUUAAGGAAUCUAGCUGGAGCCCUUGUAUGAUGGCUCACAAAUGGGAACACACAUUGAUGUAGUAUCAUUUCUGAAUCAGCAAGUCCAACUGAAAUCUUCUUCUCUUCCUGUUUUCUGGCUAUAAUUAGUAAGCUUCUGAACAAAUGCUGUUGUGUAGUGGAAGCUAGUUCUGAUCCCCUGAAACUCUUGAAAAAUCAAUGUGAGCUGCAAGGAUUCAUACUGGAAAAUAAAGCUGCUUUUGAGAGUUUAUAUGUGGGUUCUGUGUGAAUUCCACACUGAAGGCUGAAAGUGUUAGCCUUAAACUUCAUCACACACUGGAUAACUCAUUUGUAUACUUGAAAUAUUUUUUCAUCUUUGUAUGGCAUGAAUUGAGGUGUACGCAGUUUUUUUAGUUUUGUAUCUAUUUGCAAGACACUGGUCUGAGUGUUCACUUUAAGCAUUCUUAUACCUUCUGUUAUAAUGUAUACUAUAUUUAGAAAAAAUACAGUUUAUCAGUUUUUGAUUUUAUUGUAUUUGUUUUUAUUUCUUACAGCUGGGAAAACAGCUGUUUUCCUUCUCAUCAGUCACCUUGGAACUACUGAACUAUCAAUUAGUAGUGCUAAGUAAAAGCAUUGCGUAUGCAAAAUCGAUAGCUUUUUAGAGCACUUAUGUUUGCAGCAGAUACUGCCAUUGAAGAAAGGAAGAUAGACUUUUCAUAAAGGAAAGAGAAAAAGAGUAAAUUGUGAUAAGAUGAUGAACAAGGCUGCUUAUCUAGAAGACUUGCAGUGGUUACUAACUAAAGAGAGGUACGAAGCCUACACUGGGUAUACUCUUCCUGAAUUAAUAAUUAAACUGAUAACAAAGGCUGAAGAAUUACAUCUACACUGUAAAGGUUCUGCUAGACUCUCCAUUUUAUUCCAUUAUAUCUUCCUCUUAUUGCCACACUAGACCCACUCUCCCUUCAUAUCCUGGUUUUUUUUUUUGGCUGCCACCUAUACCUGCAGGAUGUAUGGCGUAUAUAUAUGGCCUUUCCCACCCACUUUUGGUUCAGGAAGAUGUCCAAACUUUUGUAUUCUAUUCAUUCCUACAGCAUUAACUGACAGUAUGCACACUAACUGUUCUUCAACAGCAAAGAUACAGUGCUCCAGGGACCUUUAGUUUUCCUUUGAGGCCAGCUGCAGGGCAUCACCAAAAAAUGAGUGACAGAAUCCAGUUGCCUCAUUCACUACGUGCACUUCCCUGUGAUCUUUGGAGAAGAGUGCAAAAUGAGGUUUUGAGCUGUCCUUUGAAAGCCUACCGUAAAGAACAGGGUAGUCAGCAUGGCCCCAGGUGCUUGCUUGGAAGCAGUUGUACAGAAAUUCUCAAAUUCUCUUCUUCCUGAAGCACUGUGGUAUACUACAGAACUGCAACUUAAGUCUAUGCAGUGCCUGAUACAAGGGACUUCGUAUUUUUCAGUCUCAAACUGACUGCCUCCCACAGUUCCGAGUCAAGCUGUGAGGAGGUGGAAAAAAUGUAAAUUCUGCCUUAUGGUAGUGUAAAUUAUGGUAACUCAGUUGACAUGUGGCCACACAUAGCUGGAAAUUAUCAGGUACAGCAGAAUUGUUUAAGCAAGGUCAAAGAAAGUGCAUGGUGUUUAUAAUAACAUAAAGAUCAGUCUACUUAUGUAGUUUUUGCGGCAUAUUAUGUUCUCCUAUCCAUGAAGGAAAAGUUAUUUGUUAUUCAUAAUUAAUUUUAGUGAGUCUUGUAAGUCUUAAGUUUUGGGUCAGUAUUGGACAGUGGGUCAGAACACUAUGAAAUGAGGACUUGGGCUUGUUGCUGCUUGUGACAGAAGUACAUUUCCUGGUCCCUCAGCUCAGGUACAGUCUGUUAUAGCCUUGCCUGGCCACAGUCAGUUAUAGCCUUAGCUGGGUGGGAAGAGUAUGGAUCUACUGUGGGAAGCUGAAUAUAAGGAGCAACGAGAAUAAUAUAUUUGGUAAGGUGGACUCCACUUUAUAAGCAUGUGUCUUGGCCAAAGGCAUGGGACUGACUCCAUCUUACAAAGAACUGAUGCUGAGAGAGGCUGAUAGACAUGAAAAAAGCUCCCCUGUAUCAUCUAUUGGUGGUGGGAAGGAAAUCAAAGAGCCAGGUGGACUUGCUAGUUGGUUGGAUCUCUGUAUUUUACCUUUGUAAAACGAUGAUCCCUGAUUUCAAAGGCAUGUAAUUGGGGUGAAAAAUUUAGUUUCUUUCAGCUGCAUCUUUCAACUUCUUGAGAAGAAUGUAGUACUGCGUGAGAUAGGUAUAAAGGUGCUUCCUUUUUUUUUUUUGAAGAGUUUGUUUCAAAAUUAUGCAAUACUUAGUUUGAGAAUGCUUUUUGUCCUUUGCAAAUAAUCAAAGGUUCGUGUUUUUGAUGACAGACACAUUUACAUAGCUAUAAGAUUCUUAACAGGAAGAGGGGGGAUAAGAAUGAGAAAUGGGCACCUAAAUCCUUACAGUAGCUGUGAGGUUUUUUUCUGUCAUGUUUCAUGCCCAGUAUAUGUGAGCAUCUCCCUCCCCUCUCAAAAUUCGGUUCAUUCCCGAUCCUGUGAAUAGUUUAUUAGAUUUUGGUCUUGAUCCUAAUUCUCUGAAGCUGCAGAGUCCAUCAGCUCAAAAGGUACAUUUACAAAUUGCUUCUUCUCUAAUCAUUAGAAAGUACCUACCAUCUCGCGGUCAGAGGUGGUACUGCAGAUCUCUCAUUUCUCUGGAAAAUGGAGCAAUACGGUGGGAAUGAGCACACUUGUAGCUGUGGAGACUCAGCGGGGAGAUCCAAAGGGAUCCACACUUUGGUGCAGCCAUAUCAGUGAACCUCUGAAUACGCUCUGAGAGUGGUCACACAGGACUGACAGACUUGAACUGGAGGAGAGAAGAUGAUGUCCUUGGAUGGACCGCAGAAGAAAAUCAGUAACCCGAUCAUUCCCUAUGUUGGGACGAUUCUUGGUGGCCUUGUUCCUGGAGAGCUGAUUGUGUUACAUGGGAGCGUUCCUGAUGAUGCAGACAGGUUCCAGGUGGAUUUACAGUGUGGCAGUAGCAUAAAGCCUCGAGCUGAUGUGGCCUUUCAUUUUAACCCCCGCUUCAAAUGGUCUGGCUGUGUUGUUUGCAACACCUUGGAGAGGGAAAAAUGGGGCUGGGAAGAAAUCACUUAUGAGAUGCCUUUUCAAAAAGGAAGGCCAUUUGAGAUUGUCAUCAUGAUUUUAAAGGAUAAAUUCCAGGUGUCUGUAAACAAGAAACACUUGCUGCUCUACAAUCACAGAAUUAGCCUUGAAAGGAUAGAUACUCUUGGAAUAUAUGGCAAAGUGCAGAUCAAAAGUAUAGAGUUUGUUUCUAAUUCUGUACAAGGCGCUCAGCCAUCAUCUGUAGGAGUAACAAAGAUAAACACAGAAAAUGGAGAAAUGCCAGAUGGUUUACAAUUUGGAGUUCCUUAUGUUGGGAAACUUGUUUCUGCACUUCACCCAGGAUGCACAGUUGCUAUUAAAGGAGAAGUGAAUAAAAACCCAAAGAGCUUUACAAUAAACCUGAAAUCAAGUGACUCAAAAGACAUUGCAUUACAUCUGAAUCCCCGACUGAAGAAUAAAGUGUUUGUAAGAAAUUCUUACCUUCAUGACAGCUGGGGAGAAGAAGAAAAGGAAGUCACUGAUUUCCCUUUCAGUCCAGGGAUGUACUUUGAGCUAAUCAUUUUCUGUGAUGCCCACCAGUUCAAAGUUGCUGUUAAUGGUGUUCACACCCUGGAGUACAAACAUCGUUUUAAACAACUUGAAAAGAUCAACCUACUGGAAGUCACGGGCGAUGUUCAGUUAUUAGAUGUGAGGAGCUGGUAGUUCUUUCCAGUCAGUGCUAAAUGAAUUAAACCUAUUCUUAGAACAGUUCUUCUGUCAAGUACAAACUGGUACCAACUCAUGCUGAGCCUGCCUUUAUCUAUCCAGGCUUCUGUGUCAGUCUGAGUUAGGUGAGUACCAGAACUGCUGUGAGAUUAAAUCCUCCACUAGUUUCCAGUAUCCUGGCAAGCUAAAUGUCUGCUCAGAUAAAUCACCUGCAUUACUGAACCUAGCAAUAUGAAAAUGGUGCAUCGUACUGUGUCUUAAUAAUUGUGCUCAGUAUGAUUAACUACUACUAGUCAUUCCUUAACAGUGUACGUUCAAAAAGUGAGGUAGAAAUUAGACUGAAAUAGAAUAGGAAGAUAUGUCUAUCCUGAAAGGCUGAUGGACCAAUCAUAAAGUAAUUACAAAAUAUAUUCUGCUUGAUUUAUACUAGUGAUUAUAACCUUUUUGCCAUGACUGGUUUAAAUGAAAAGCUGACUCAUCAGUUCUCAUGGAAGGCAAGGAGGAAUGUGAUCAACUUCUUAGCCUACUGCUGCAGUAGUAUCUUCUCUGACUCUCCUAGGUAUGUUAUCUCCUGCUUUAUAAGUAAGUGGCUUAAAUCAAACAUAGAGCAGCAUUUCUAGCUUUCAGUUUUCCAAAGUGAAACAAAUGAAAAUGAUUUAGUUGGUUCUGAUGCAUGGACUUUGGAAUGCUUAUUUGAUCAGAAAUGGCUCCCAGCUGUGCUGAGAUUGCUCAGGGACUAAAGUUGAUGUGUCUGUUUUUCAUUUAAAAAUGUAUCCCUCUAGAUACCCUGAGUUGAGACUCAGAGAUUCUCAUCAGUAGAACAGAGAACAAAUCCUUUUGCAGUCUUGUAUGAAAAUGCUAAUUAAAAAAAGCUCUUCCUACUCAAUCAGUUUUCCUUACAACUCUCAGUCUUAAUUUUUAUAUAUGCUUAUUUUUAAAAAUAAGUAAGUUGCUGCUGGCUGUCAGUGCUUGCCUGAGGGUUGUUUCUAUUUAUUUUAAUGGCUACUGAAGAAGUGGAAGUUUUGAGAAUAAAAUGUACCUGAAAAGCUGUUCAAGAUAAACUACCAAGUUAAGUCUAUAAAAAGCAUAAAUAAAAAUAACAUUUGUGAACUA